AUGGGAGGAAGCAAGAGGGGCCUGGAGAGUGCGAUCGUGUGUUUGCUCGUGCUGGGGCUGGCCCUGGAGCAGGUGCAGCAAGUAGAGGGCGUGGAUUGCGGCGGGAGCAUCUUCAAAGUGGCCUGCUACCAUUCUUGCCUUCUGGGUCCUAAUGAACUAAACACCAUUGAGAAUUGCAGCUUAGAAUGUAGGUCUUCCGUGUGUGACAACAAGGUCAUGGUCAACAUAGCUACCAACAGUGAAGAGAUGAAACUCUUUGUGAAACUCUGCGGUGAUGCUUGUGAUAGUUUAUGUAAGGGGGAUGCUCUACUGGCAUCCCUUGAUCUUGAUGACUAA